UGUCCAACCAGCUUCUCAGCAACGACUCGACGAAGCGCGCGAGGGCGAACGAAAGAGCCCGUACUUGUUUAGGUAGGCUGCCGUUUCCUUUUUCCUGCAACCAUGGCGGAGUCCGGCAAACGACGGCGACUCAGUCACGUUAACAGCAGCUCACAAACUUCUGCCAGCGCCGCCAAAAUGUUCACGGGCAGUCAGCGCGAUGCAACCGGAGGAGAAAGUUUUGUGGACGGAUCCAUACUGCGCAUCACCAUGAAAAACUUCCUGACCUAUGACUACUCUGUGGUGUAUCCUGGACCUAAUCUGAACAUGAUUGUUGGAGCCAAUGGAACUGGCAAGUCCAGCAUUGUUUGUGCAAUCUGUCUGGGUCUGGCUGGCAAGACCGCUAUCCUGGGCAGGGGUGAUAAGGUUGGACUUUAUGUCAAACGUGGCUGCAAUAAAGGAUCUAUUGAGAUUGAACUGCACAAGAGUGGUGGUAAUGUAGUGAUUAACAGAGAGAUCCAUGUGGAGAAUAAUCAGUCUCUGUGGAUGCUGAAUGGAAGACACUGUAACCAAAAAACGGUGGAAGAGGAGGUCAAAGCUCUGCAGAUCCAAGUCAGCAACCUCUGCCAGUUUCUGCCUCAGGAAAAAGUGGGAGAGUUUGCCAAGAUGUCCAAAAUUGAGUUGCUGGAGGCAACUGAGAAGUCAGUGGGACCACCAGAGAUGUACGAGUACCACUGUGAGCUCAAAAACUUCCGCAACAAAGAACGAGACCUGGAGAACAUCGUGAAAGAAAAGGCCAACUUCUUAGAGAAGGCCAAGCAGAGGAAUGAAAGGAACAAACAUGAUGUGAACCGUUACUAUGAAAAGAAGAGGCAUCUGGAUGUGAUUAAAUUGCUCAAGAAGAAGAAACCGUGGGUGGAGUAUGAGACCACCCGUAAGGAGCUUGAGGGUGUGAAGAGGGAGCGAGAUGAGGCCAAAAAGCAGCUCUCUGCCCAGAGGCAGGCCCAGGCACCUAUGCUGAGGAAGAUUCAACAGAUUGACAACCAGCUGAAGCCCACUGAGGCACAAAUAAAGGCAAAGACUGCCGCCAUCAAAGAAGCCUCAAACAAGUGCAAACAGAAACAAGAUCAGCUGGAUCGAAAACACAAAGAGAUUGAAGAUAUUGAACAAACACUGAGACUGAAGCAGAUGGAGGAGGAAGACCACCAGAAGCGAAUCAGCAACACCAGACGGACUAUUGAGGACUUGAAGGCAGAGCUUGCCAAAGUUGGAGAUCAACCAGACGUGACACCGCAGAUCAAUGCUAUCAAUGUCGAGUUGAGAAGCAUCCAGGAGGAGAGAGCCAAGAUCAAAGGAGAGAAAGCUGACCUUAGCAGGGAAAGGGACAAGCUCUGUGGUGAAACUGCGAAGUUCAAGAAAAAGCUCAAUGACAUGAACAACAUGAUGAACGCCAAGGAGAGGAAGCUGCAAGGACGCCACCGGGACACACAUACUGCUCUCCAGUGGCUCAGACAGAACAGACACCUUUUUAAAGGGAAUGUCCAUGAGCCCAUGAUGCUGGUGAUUAAUGUGAGAGAUCAUCACUUUGCUAAGUAUGUGGAAAAUCACAUCCCAUUCCAUGACCUGCGUGCCUUUGUCUUCCAGAGGAAAGACGACAUGGAGAGUUUCAUGGCCGAGGUCCGUGACAAGAAGAACUUGAAGGUGAACUCCAUUUCUGCUCCGGAAGAAUCGUGUUCUAAGCGGCAGCCGUCCCGAAAUAUUGAGUCCCUGAGGCGUUUCGGAUUCUUCACCUACUUGCGUGAGAUGUUUGAUGCCCCUGAUGAGGUGAUGAGUUACCUCUGUCACCAGUACAAGGUGCAUGACGUCCCUGUGGGCAAUGAUCAAACCAAAGACAUGAUUAAAACAGUGAUUGAGGAGCCCUACCUCAGGGUGUUAUACACAACAGAGGAGAGGUACACAGUGAAGAGGUCCUUUUACUCCAACAAGAUUAGCACCAGUAACUCUGCAGUGCACCCUUCCCAGUAUCUUACUAUCACUGUGGACACUGAAGAGAAACGGCAGCUGGAGCAGCAGAUGAAGGCAUGUGAGUUGAAGUUACAAGACAUUGAUGAACGGAUGGAGGCCCUGCAGAAGGAAUUAACCGCCCUGGAUCGCCGUGACAAUGAAUUGUUGGCAGAGAAGAAGCGUCUCUCAGAACUAAAGGUCAAAAAGAGACAACUGGAGCAGAAAAUCAGUACCAAACAGGACAGUCUCAGGCAGAUGGAGCAGAGUGUUAUUGAUCUGAGGAAGAUUGAAGAGGAGACAAAAGAGAAAAUUGGAGCAGUCAAUUCCCAGAAGGUGUCCAUAGUCGCAGCGUUCAUGGCCCAAAUGAAGCUGAGAGCCACGCUGACUAUGGAGAAGGUGUACCUGGCUUUGGAGACCGUGGGGCUGACAGCAGAGAAGAUCAAGCUGGAGAAUGACUGCAGAGAAGGCGCCUCUGUACUUAAGGCCACUGAUCAAAAAUGCAACCGUCUGGAGCAGAGGAAGGUCCAGCUGACAGAACAAUGCAAAGACCUGUUGAAGAGAGCAAAGUCCAUGUGUACGAUGCAGCCUGAUGAGUCCUUACCUGAAGACCUGCGUAAUGCGUUCAGCAAGCUGCCUGACACACUGGACGAGAUUGAUGCCAUGCUGAAUGAGGAGCGGUCCAGAGCCGAGUGCUUCACUGGACUCAGUGAAAGUGUUGUUGACGAAUAUAGCAGUAGAGAGCUGGAGAUCACACAUCUGGAGAAAGAGCUGGAAGAUCAGAGCAACGCGCUGAACGCCUACCGACAGAACAUAUCAGAGGCUAAGGAACGCUGGCUGAACCCUCUGAAGCAGCUGGUUGAACAGAUAAAUGAGAAGUUCAGUGACUUCUUUCGCUCCAUGCAGUGUGCCGGAGAGGUUGAUCUGCACGCAGAGAAUGAGGAAGAGUAUGACAAAUAUGGGAUCCGUAUACGGGUGAAGUUUCACAGCAGCACUCAGCUCCACGAGCUGACGGCCUACCAUCAGAGCGGAGGAGAGCGCAGCGUCUCCACAAUGCUCUACCUCAUGGCCCUGCAGGAGCUCAACCGCUGCCCCUUCAGAGUGGUGGAUGAGAUCAACCAGGGAAUGGAUCCUGUAAAUGAGAGAAGAGUUUUUGACAUUGUGGUCCGUACAGCCUGCAAAGAGACAACAUCCCAGUACUUCUUCAUAACCCCUAAACUGCUGCAGAAUCUUCAGUACGCUGAGGAGAUGACCAUCCUGUGUGUCCAUAACGGCGCCCACAUGCUUCCCCCGAACCAAUGGGAUGAAAGGGCUUUCAUUAGACGGUGUCUCCAAAGAAAAGCCCGGGCAUGAAUCCACCAGGCUGACCUGACCUGCCUGGGUUCACUUGGUUUCCACUUCAUUGAGUUCAAGAUAUAUGACUGUUAAACUGAAAGUGAUGUUACUCAUUUAUGAAAAUGAAUUUCUGUUCAGUUAUUUCAGAUACAAUAUUCUAUAUGAACCUUUGAAAGAGAACUGUAAUUUUGUGCUGGGGAAAGGUCUUAAACAGAUCAUCAACAUUCACUUGCAGCAAUGUGUCAACUCUUUUGAUAAGGAAGAGAUGAAACAUAUUUUGUAUUAACAGUUAAUAUGUUUAUAUAUUUGAAUAAAAUAUUCUGCUGUUUUGUUUAA